CUGAGCAAAAUUGAAACCCAUGGCUUCUUCUUCUUGCUAUUGUAGUUCUAACUAUCUAUUUACUCUAUUCUUAGUGUUCUCAAUUAUGUGUUUCCAGAAUGCAAAGAACUGUAAUGCAAUCAAAACCAUUGAUUUUGAAAUACACCACAGAUUUUCUGAUCAAGUUAAAGCUAUUAUGGGUGCUGAUAAUUUACCGGAAAUAGGUAGUCCUGAGUACCAUGCAGCUAUGGUUCAUAGGGACAAAGUUUUCCAUGGUCGCGCUCUUUCCGAAAACGAUGAUGAUUCUAAGUUGCUCACCUUGUCUCAUGGCGCCGACGCUUCUUAUAUUGAUUCACUCGGACCUUUACACUAUGUUAAUAUUUCGUUGGGGACACCGAGUUUGUCGUUCUUUGUCGCGCUUGAUACAGGAACCAAACUGCUGUGGGUACCAUGUAUUCACAACGAUAUGAAAAGAGAGGAAAUAAGUCUCAACACAUACAGCGUGAGCUCUUCAUCGACGAGCAAAGCUGUGACGUGCAACAGUAGUUUAUGUGAACUCCAAAGUGGAUGCUCCAAGUCUUCAAGUGAAUGCUCUUAUAAAGUUGAAUAUAAUGCUCAUAUUUCUUCUUUCGGAGUUUUGGUAGAGGAUGUUUUGCGUUUGAAAACAGAUAAUCAUAAUCCAAAAGACAUUGAUGCAAGGAUAACAUUCGGCUGUGGUCAGGUUCAGACUGGUUUUUAUUGGGACGGUAUGGCUCGCAAUGGGUUAUUCGGGCUUGGUAUUGGGAGCACAUCUGUUCCUAGCAUUUUGUCAAGGAAAAGCCUAGUAGCAGAUUCGUUUUCCAUGUGUUUUGGAAAUGACAGGGUUGGAAGAAUUAGCUUUGGGGACAAAGGCAGCUCGGACCAACAACAAACUUCAUUAAAUUCCAUGCAGCAAAGCCCAUGGUAUAACAUUACUGUAACUCAAUUAAAUGUGGGGGGAAGUCUAACUGACGAGCUCGAUGUUACUGCAAUAUUUUACUCUGGUGCCGAAUAUACACUCUUAUACGAUCCAGCAUACACGGCUCUAUGUGAUAGCUUCGACUCGCAGAUAGAUAAACGACAUUCUGCUGGUCCGAUGCUCGGUUUUGAAUACUGUUACCAUAUUAACACGGCUACACCAAAUGUGACUUUCAUCAUGAAGGGUGGGAGCAAAUUCAAUGUUUAUUACCCAUUGGUUGAGAUACUAAACACUGAUAAGACUGUUACCGCAUAUUGCUUGGGUGUUAUGAAGUCUUCAGGAGGGAAUUUCAUUGGCAAUAAUUUUAUGAUCGGUCACAAUAUUGUUUUCAAUAGGGAGAAAAUGGUCUUGGGCUGGAAGGCGUCUAACUGUACUGAUAGAAUUGUCGAUUCAAGGAAUGAUAUAUUUCCUCCAUUUCCAGCAGUGUCACCGGCGUCACCCCCGACAAUAAAUGUUCAGCCGCCUUCCGUAAAUGACGGAGCAGCGUCACCCCCAAUAAUUAAUGUCCAGCCACCUUCUGUAAAUGACGGCGCAGCCUCACCCCCAACCCCGACAACAAAUGUUCAACCACCUUCGAUUAACGGCGGAACUCCUAGGAAUGGUUCGAAUUCUAAUAACGCUCCGCAGCUUUCUGUCGGAAAACCAAGAAAUCUAUACCUGAUAGCCUCAUCACUUCUCGUGCUAUUUCUUCCCAUUUUAAAAAUCGUAUGAUUGCUUGUGUUUUUUUUUCUUUUCUUUUUUAUGGUUGAAGAAUGCUCAAUAAAAGAGAAUAAAAUGUGACCAAAUUGAACGUUAGUAGAACUGGAAGUGGGUUUUUUCUGCUUUACGUACUAUUUCAAUAAUAAACGUAAGAUUUUGUCACUGGCCUCAUGGCAGAGCAAGCUAUUAUUAGCCCUAGAAAUGGUAAGGAGCAAAAUAUCGACUUUCUGGGCCAGAUAAAAGCAUGUUUCAAAAGAAUUCCACAUUAUCAAUAUCAACUCAGAGUUUUUUU